GGAUACAACAAAGACACAAAACACAGAGAAGACUUUAUGGUUUAGAUUUCCAUUCAGCUGUCAUGCGGUCAUCUUCAAAAUACAUAUUUGACAAGCGCCUGCGCUAGUCCACGUGACGUCACACCCAGCAUGGCUGUCAAGGUACAAGAAACCAAAAGAGCCGACCCCCAAGAGCUAAAGAAUGUAUUUCUUAAGUAUGCCAGCGUGGUGGAAGAGGGGGAGCAUUACAUGACCCCCAAAGACUUUGUGCAGAAUUUCCUGGGUCUGCACACUCAGCCGCAUCACAACCCCAAGACCGUGCAGCUGAUCGCCGGGGUCGCUGACACCACCAAAGACGGAUUGAUAUCUUUCCAGGAGUUUCUGGCCUUUGAGUCAGUUCUGUGCGUCCCGGAUGCCUUGUUCAUAGUCGCCUUUCAGCUGUUUGACAAAAGUGGAACAGGAGACAUCUCGUUUGAGAACGCGCGUGAUAUCUUCAGCCAGACGACAGUGCACCAUCACAUCCCCUUUAACUGGGACUGCGAGUUCAUCAGGCUACACUUCGGUCAUGACAGGAAAAAACACCUAAGCUACCUGGAGUUCACCCAGUUCCUGCAGGAGCUGCAGCUGGAGCACGCCCGCCAGGCCUUCGGCCGCAACGACAAGAGCAAGAGCGGCUCCAUCUCGGCCCUGGACUUCAGUGACAUCAUGGCCACCAUCAGACACCACAUGCUCACUCCGUUUGUGGAGGAGAACCUGGUGUCUGCAGCCGGGGGCAGCACCUCUCACAUGGUCAGCUUCUCCUACUUCAACGCCUUCAACUCUCUGCUCAACAACAUGGAGCUGAUCCGCAAGAUCUACAGCACGCUGGCCGGCUCCUACAAGGACACGCUUGUCACGAAAGAGGAGUUCAUUCAAGCCGCCAACAGGUUUGGCCAGAUCACUCCCAUGGAGAUCGACAUUCUGUACCAGCUGUCUGGACUCCACUCUCACUCUGGACGGCUCAACCUGGGCGACAUCGAGAGGAUAGCUCCUCUGGAGGAGGGCUCCAUGCCCUAUCACCUGGCGGAGAGCCAGAGACAGCACACUCACGGGGAGGGCUCUCGACCCGUCUGGCUCCAGGCGGCAGAGUCAGCCUACAGGUUCGGUCUGGGCGCCUUGGCUGGAGCGACCGGAGCCACGGCCGUGUACCCCAUAGACCUGGUGAAGACGCGCAUGCAGAACCAGCGCUCCACCAGCUCCUUCGUGGGAGAGCUCAUGUACAAGAACAGCUUCGACUGCGCCAAGAAAGUGCUGCGAUACGAGGGCUUCUUCGGCUUCUACAGAGGUCUCCUACCCCAGCUCAUUGGUGUCGCCCCGGAGAAAGCUAUUAAACUCACGAUGAAUGACUUUGUGAGAGACAAGUUCACUGGGGAGGAUAACACCAUCCCGUUGUUUGCGGAGGUGCUAGCUGGUGCGACUGCCGGAGGCUCCCAGGUGAUCUUCACUAACCCUCUGGAGAUCGUGAAGAUCCGUCUGCAGGUGGCUGGAGAGAUCACCACGGGCCCCAGGGUCAGCGCCCUCAACGUGGUGCGAGAUCUGGGCUUCUUCGGCCUCUACAAGGGGGCCAAGGCUUGCUUCCUGCGGGACGUGCCCUUCUCAGCCAUCUACUUCCCGGUGUACGCCCACACCAAGACCUACCUGGCAGACGAGGAGGGCAGGCUGGGAGCGUUGCAGCUGCUCACUGCUGGGGCCAUCGCAGGUAUUCCAGCGGCUUCUCUGGUGACCCCUGCUGAUGUCAUCAAGACCAGACUGCAGGUGGCAGCCCGGGCCGGCCAGACCUCGUACAACGGAGUCAUCGACUGCUUCAGGAAGAUCCUGCAGGAGGAGGGGUACCGGGCUCUUUGGAAGGGAGCUGGAGCUCGCGUCUGCAGGUCCUCGCCACAGUUUGGCGUAACCCUGGUGACCUAUGAACUCUUGCAGAGAUGGUUCUAUAUCGACUUCGGGGGACACCGGCCUUCAGGCUCCGAGCCCACUCCCGGGUCCCGGAUCUCAGACCUGCCCCCGCUGAGCGCAGACCACCCGGGAGGCUACCGGCUGGCCGCCGCCACCUUCGCCGGCAUGGAGAACAAGUUUGGCCUGCACCUGCCCAAGUUUAAGUCCUCCGGAGGGGUGGCAAUCAGCCAAGCUGUGCCUAAAGAGGAGCCCGCCCCCGCGGCCUCGUAGACGGACUGCUCGUCACGGCUCCGCAGCCUGCCUGCUCCUGGAGUUGGGCUGCCGAGGAUAUUAGGUUUGGUUCAAAUGGAGCAGUGCCUGGGCUUCAUUCAUAUGCAUUUGAAUGGCUCCUACCUUGAAUGGUGCAUGAACAGGGCUUUUAGGAUAUUCUUUUUUUUUCUCCUUUGCAUAGCUUGCACAAUGUUACUGUACAUAUUGUACUUCUCUGUGGAGACACAUUAUGGCAUCGAAAGGGGAGACCUUACAGCAUUUCUUCCAAGUCAAGCAUAUAUAUAUAUGUGUGUGUGUGUGUGCGUGUGGGUGGACAAUCAUAUAUACAAGAAACUUGAAUGGUUGUACAGAUGUUUUCAAAGUAUUCUAUUUUGAAAUCAUGACAAGGGUCUUCAAAUAAUUUAAAUGUAUUUAUUGUAUUUUGUUGAAAUAAAUCAUCCAAAGGUUCA